UCGCUGAUUGUUAGAUUACGUGUUAGAUAUUACUGCACUGUCAGAACUAGAAGCACAAGUAUUUCGCUACACUCGCGAUAACAUCUGCUAACCAUGUGCAUGUGACCAAUAACCUUUUAUUUUAUUUUGAAUUGAACAUGUGGUUCUCAGAAUAUUAUGCACUAGCUGGAUAGUUUGUCCCAGGUUUGGAGGCGCACAGUACUGAAUUGCUUUAUUUCUUUAAGUGAAUUGAUUCUAAUAAUUUAAUAGCUUUAUAAUCUUAUUCCACGUGUAGUUCCUGCAGUGAUAAUAGGUUUUUAAAAGACUGAUUACAUCCACUGACUAUUUUGUUGUCAUUUUACUUCUUGGAUAUUCCAACUGCAGAAGGAUUUGGAUGAUCAUGCCCCAAAAUUGGGCUGAAAUAACUGUUUGUGAAUGGCAUUUGUAUUCAGAGGAGGAGUCAGACCUCAUGUUCCCAACAGACUAAAAAAAAAAAAAAAAAGUUGUCAAUUCAUAUUACUCCAUUGCAACUGAAUUCAAUGGGUUUUAUAAGCAGUUAUUAUGGCCUAUGAUUUCCAAGUUAACAUGAUACAAAAAAGUGGUAAGCCCAACACAAAUCGCCAACCUGAAGAAUUAAACAUAUUGUGGGACUAUCUUGACUACGACUGCAGUUAGUUUAUCAGACUCUCCACAUGGUAUGAUUACACAGCAGAUACAGAUGGUUUCACAGCAUUGGUGUGUAACAACUUCCACUUCUUGUUAAGAACUUCUCUUUUUGCUAUUGUUCAGAGUAGCCUAGGCUCUGUUGUUCGGGCGAAUACUAUCCCUCCCCCACAAACCUAAUGUUCCUUUGGUGUGAACCACCUCCUGGGCUCUGUCACGGAUCCCCCCUACUGCUGCUCAUUCCGUUCACCAGCGUUCACCAGCUCCGGAAGUCUACGUCACCGGCUUUCUAGGCGUCACUGAAUUGGAUUCAUCACCACAAACCUCGGACUGUCUUGUCUCAUUACGCACACCUGGUUCCCAUUCCCCCUGAUUAGUAUGUUAUAUAUGUGCCCUCUGUUCCCCAUUGUCCUGGUUGAUUAUUGUCACAUAUCCGUUCUUCUUGUGCUCUGCUGUAUCCGCUUUCAUGCCACGUGUUUUUGUGCAGUUGUUAUUACUGGUCUCGUCCCGUGUAUUAUUUAGAGGUUUGCACCUCAUUCUUUUGUUUGGGUUACAUCCCUGUGUUAUAUAUACGUGUUUGUUUUGGGCUUCGUCCCCGUCGUUUUCAUGACGUAAAAAACCCUAUUACGUAUUCCUGCGCCUGUCUCCUAUCAUUAUACAGCGUGACAGCCUCAGUCUGGACUCCAGGUGUUAGGUUUUACAGCUAAGCCUAAUGUUUAGAAACAAGUGUCAUACUGAGUGUAACAACUCGGGAUGUUGGUUGAUACUUAGACAUAUGUACAAUCCUUUUUGCCAGUAUUCUUGUGUAGGUUGACAGUCCAGUAUUUCACCCUCUUUGGUACUUUACUCAUGUAGAAGACAUCAUACCUCUACCAUUACUAUAGCGAUGUAACUUUAGAACUAGCACUGCCACCUCUUGCUUCUGGAAAUAGGGGAUAAUGAACUGCACUCACUGCUGGUGCUCCACUGCACUAUAGGAGUGCCCCUCCUACCUCCAAGUACUUCUCUGUGCAAUGCAGUCCCAGAGUGCAGUACAGGAUCACCCCACCCCCACUAGAGAGUGGGACCCUCCCCACCUCUCUCAAUGGUAAUACAAUGCUUCUUAUCACCAUGGACACUGCCAGUGAAGUGGGAAAUGAUAGCAAGCUAUCGGUCAUGUAUUAUGGAGAGAAGACGGAGGUGUUAGGGAAAGCUGUCGUUCACCUCACCGCUGUUGAGAUUUCUCUGGAUGUAGAUGCUGAUCGAGAUGGCCAGGUGGAGAGGAACAACCCCAACAAGGGAUCGUGGAUGUGGGGGCCUAAUGGCCAUGGUGCCAUCCUACUGGUCAACUGUGACUCAGAACACACCUAUGGGAAGAGGCGGGACAGUGAGUGUGCUGAGGUCACGAGAGUCUCAGAUCUGAAAGACAUGUCCCCAAUGGUGCUGCGGACCAGUGGCCCUGCCAAGCUCCCAGAGGGCUACAAGCUGACCAUGCACAUCUCCCAGGGGGAUGCAGAGAGUGUCAGGGUCUUCAGAACCAGGUCCACAGCAGGCAUGCACCAAACACUGAAAAACCUGUUCUACAAGAGCUUUGUGAAGGACUACCCGCUGGUGCUGGGCAGUGAGGAUUUGUCCAAGGAGGUCCCGUACCUCGGGGGAAACGCUGAGAUGAAUUUCUACGUUGAGGGCCUGAGAUUCCCUGACAAAGACUUUGAGGGCCUCAUCAGCAUCAGCCUCAGCCUGCUGGAGCCCAGCUCUCCGGGCUUCCCUGAGACGCCUAUCUUUACAGACAGGGUGGUGUUCCGUGUGGCUCCCUGGAUCAUGACACCCAACACACUCAACCCUGUGGAGGUCUUUGUCUGCAGCACAUCUGAUAACUACCAGUUCCUAAAGGGAAUGAGGAGGCUGGUGGAGAACAGUGGGUAUAAGCUGAAGGUUUGUCAUGAGUACAUGAACAGAGGAGACCGCUGGAUGCAGGAUGAGAUAGAGUUUGGCUACAUUGACUCUCCUCACCAACAUUUCCCUGUUGUGCUGGACUCCCCCCGAGACGGAAAACUACAGGAUUUCCCUUAUGAUGUGCUACUGGGCCCAGACUUUGGCUAUGUGACGAGGACAGCAUAUGAUGAGGAAGUGAGCAGCCUGGACUCGUUUGGUAACCUGGAAGUUAGCCCUCCAGUUAUUGUAAAUGGAAAAAUCUACCCUCUGGGCAGGAUCAUAAUUGGAGUGGCUUUCCCCACGGCAACCAAGGGCCGCAACAUGACAAAAGUAGUGCAAGACUUCCUUUGGGCACAGAAAGUCCAGGAGCCCAUUGCACUGUUCUCUGAUUGGCUUCUGGUUGGGCAUGUGGAUGAAUUCAUGACUUUUGUUCCAGCUCCUGACAAAAAGGGAUUCCGGCUGCUGCUCGCUAGCCCUGACGCAGGCUACAAACUUUUCAGGGGCUUACAGAACGACGGGCAUGGACAAGCCAAAAUGUUUGACGGUCUUGGAGCAGAAAAAAAGAUUACAGUAGAUGAGAUAUUGAGUGAUGACAAACUCAGAGCAGAAAACAACUAUGUCCAGAGCUGUAUAGACUGGAACAGGGAUGUCCUUAAGAGGGAGCUGGGUUUAGAUGACGAUGAUAUCAUUGAUCUGCCCAUCCUUUUCCAUGUGAUGGAGGAGAACAGGGCAGUGGCCUAUUACCCAGACAUGGUGAACAUGAUUGUGUUGGGGAAGAACCUGGGCAUCCCUAAACCAUUUGGGCCCAAGGUGGAUGGCCGCUGUGCCCUGGAGGCAGAGAUGACCUCCCUCAUGGAGGGCCUGGGACUCCGCUGCACAUACAUUGAUGACUUUGCCUCCUACCACAAACUGCUGGGAGAGGUUCACUGUGGCUCUAACGUUCGCAGGGAACCCUUCUCCUUCAAGUGGUGGAACCUGGAGAUGUGAGGGAUUUGGGGCAAGGAAUGGUUGUAGUUAGAAAGAGGGAAUAAGGCUUGACGUAAACAGCAGCAACAUUCGCCAGCAGCAGUCAUCUUCAAACAACAACAGUAGUCCUUGUACUGUAUUACCCCUUUGUCUUUAUUAAACAUGUAUUUGCCUUUUUUUACAAAAGGAUGAAAAGCUAUAUUUAUAAACAAGACUUUCGGACUUUAACAAGGGCUUAAGGAGAUUGUCAAUGAGAACAGAAAUACAAUCAUCUGAAUUAAGCACAUUGUAGGCUGAAUCUGUUUGGAUUGGCUGGGUGCUCAAUCCAAGUGUCUUGCAUUUACAUGUACAAACACAGGUACAGAUGAACAGGACCACAGAUGAAUGUGUAAGUAUAAUCUGGAGCCACCAGAGGGUGUGAUCCAACUAUUCAAGCAUUUCUGAAGACUUGUGAGUUUUAAUACAUUUAUUUUAAGCUUUGAGAUGAAAAUUGUGUUUGAUAUAUUUUGAGUUUCAGUGCCUGGAAUACACACUGACUCCAAAGGCUCUCUUAAGCUGAUGAAAGGUUACUUUCUCAUCUUUCCAAUCACAUUUCAAUUACCGGUAAUAGUUUUUUGUUGAAUCAUAAUCUUCAGAAUGGUGUUUAAUAAUAAAUACAUGUCAAACUAA